CAAAAGGAAAAGAGAACAUAUUCUGCCACCAAAAAACCUCGUUAUAUUUUCGUGAAAUUAAAUAAAAAUAAAAUAAGCAGAGGCUAACCCUUCAAUUUUUGUCACCAUAAGAAAAAGACCCAUCUGAUCUGACAAAGAACUCGAAAUCACAAUAACAAAAACUAUGGCAUCACAACCUGCUUCUUCUCCGUCACCCCAAAACCCAGAAUUAAGGAAAGACAAAAUUAACAACAAAUGGGUAAUUUUCUCCCCAGCAAGAUCCAAACGCCCUUCUGAUUUCAAAUCCAAGUCCCCUGUCACUGACCCAAACCAAAAUCAAUCUCAAGAGUGCCCCUUUUGUAUAGGACACGAGCACGAGUGUGCCCCAGAAAUUUUCCGGGUUCUAGAUGAGUCUGAUUCUCAUUCAAAGUGGAGAAUCCGAGUCAUCCAGAACUUAUAUCCCGCUCUUAGCAGAGAUAUUGAGCCCCAUAAUCCGGGUUCUCUGGACAUGGAUUGUAGGGUUGUAGCCGGGUAUGGGUUUCAUGAUGUGGUGAUUGAGACACCCACCCACCCGGUUCACCUUUCUGAUCUUCCCGGGUCCGGGGUUGGGGAGGUUUUAAUGGCUUAUAAGAAGAGGGUGCUUCAACUUGCUUCUUUUGAUGCCAUCCAAUAUAUUCAGGUGUUCAAAAACCAUGGAGCUUCAGCUGGUGCAUCAAUGAGCCAUUCUCAUAGUCAAAUAAUAGCUCUACCGAUAGUUCCUCCUUCCAUAUCUACUCGGCUUGCAGCUAUGAAAGAUCACUUUGAGCAGACAGGAAAAUGUAUCCUUUGUGAGAAGCCACCACAAGAGCUUCUCAUUUCUGAAUCAAGAUACUUCAUUUCAGUAGUUCCAUUUGCUGCCAGCUAUGCCUUUGAGAUUUGGAUCAUUCCGCGCUAUCACUCUCCCCAUUUCCACGAUAUAGACAGGGAAAAGGCAGACGACCUAGGUGGAUUACUCAAACUUAUGCUGAAGAAGAUGGGUUUGCAAUUAAACAACCCACCCUUUAACUAUAUGAUUCACACAUCUCCCUUGCGGAUUGAUGAUUCACAAUUGAGCUGCAGUCAUUGGUUUCUACAGAUAGUCCCUCAGUUGACUGUGUUAGCUGGAUUUGAAGUCGCUACUGGAUGUCACAUUAAUCCUGUUUUCCCUCAAGACGCCGCAAAUAUAUUCAGACAAGUUCAUGUUCAAGACACCAACGAGAAUACCAAUGAAAAUAAAUGUUGAGGUAUCUACAUACUCAAAUAACUCAAGCUUGAUUGUUGAGAUCUCAGCUCAAGGAUUUUGUUGGUGAAAGACAGUAACAUAAGUAUUCCCUUUGAUUCAAAUCACCAACCCUCACGUGUUUCAAGGUUUAACUUUAAACCUCUACUUUCUCAAAAUGAUAUCGAAUUUUUCACAACUUGUUAAUUAGCUACUUCAACGCAAGUUUAACUAUCAAAGUUCCCUCAAAAAUUGGAACGGAUAGAGUGCGUAUUCUCUUCUAGUGGGGUGCAUGCCACAUUGCCACAUUCCCAUGUAUUGUAGUCCGUUUGUUAUAGGAUGACAUCAUGCAUGAUGUCAGCUUAACACUUUACAUUUUCAAACAUCCUAUUCAAUUUUAACCCUGAUUUAACA